AUGGAGGCAGAGAGUUGUGCAGCUUCCCCAGGGACAGGAGAUGAGUUCGGUAGAUUGUCAACGCAACCAGAAGAAGGUGAGGCAGAUCUUGUUUCGGAUGGUUCGGGACAAAUGAUUGCCAGGCCAAAGGGAGGAACAGUUUCACUGACAUGGGAAGAUCUGUGUGUGACAGUCGCGGAUGAGCAACACAGGUGCAUAUCCAUUCUUCAAGGGCUGACAGGCUGUGCCCGGCCCGGUGAGGUCUUGGCUAUCAUAGGGCCGUCCGGCUGUGGCAAGUCCACUCUUCUUGAUGCAUUGGCAGGGAGGCUAAGCAGAAAGACAAAGCGAACUGGACAAAUUCUUCUCAAUGGAAGGAAAGAGCCCCUGGCAUAUGGGACUUCAGUAAGGAAAUCAAUAGCUUGGCUCGGUUGUGUGACACAGGAUGAUGUCCUAACAUGGACACUGACUGUGAGAGAAGCCAUAUACUUGUCAGCUCAACUUCAGCUCCCAGAUUCAAUGCCGCUCUUGGAGAAGAAACAAAGAGCAGACACCACGAUCAAAGAGAUGGGUCUUCAUGAUGCCAUUGACACGAGAAUAGGAGGUUUGGGAAACAGAGGACUCAGCAAUGGCCAAAAGAGGAGGCUCAGCAUCUACCUGGAGAUCUCGACUCGUCCCAAGCUUCUCUUUCUCGAUGAGCCCAGAAGGGGCCUCAUGAGACGAAUAGUUAGUCUCGCUGAGCAAAAUAAGAUGACGGUGUUAGCAUCUAUUCAUCAGCCCAACAGUGAAGUGUUUGAGCUUUACAAGAGUUUGUGCCUUCUCUCUCUGGGAAGAACAGUCUAUUUUGGUCUUUCCAGUGAAGCAACUCAGUUCUUUCCACUGAAUGGUUUCCCAUGUCCAAGUCUGCAAAAUCCAUCUGAUCACUACCUCAGGACUAUCAACACUGAUUUUGACGAGGACAUCGAACAAGGUUUUGGAGGAAAGCAAAGCACAGAGGGAGUGAUUAAACUGCUUGUAAGCUCUUAUGUAUCGUCUAAUACCUAUAGGCAAAUUCAAUGA